CUGGUGACGUGGCUGUCACGUGACCAAGAGCCGCCUAGAGCCGAAGUCCUGUUAGUCGCCUCUGACUGGGUACCAACCCCCUAUUACUCUGCAGGCGCGUGAAGGAGAAGGAAACUCGCUGGGACCGUGCAGGUCUGCGCUGGAGCCUAGGCUAGAGAAGAAGCAAACCGUUGCCUUGGUUGGAACCUUGCUGCAGGUUUGAAGGCUCAGCCCACCUAUCUCCGUGGAGGAAUACAGCAGAAGACACGAGAAGAAAAAAGGAACCCACUUGGUUUUUGUAGAGAUUCACCACAAGAAUCACAGAAGCCUAGGAGAGGCUGAAGAUUCCUAGUGUGCACCAUUAUUCACACAUCCCUUGAAAGUUCUCCUCAAUCAGGUGAAGAAAGACACCCUUCUUUCUGGCCAGAAAGCUCAUACAGCUACAAGCAUGGGUCGGGCCCGGGAAAUGGGGUGGAUGGCAGCUGGACUGAUGAUUGGGGCUGGCGCCUGUUACUGCAUGUACAAACUGACCAUGGGAAGAGAUGAGGGGAACGAGCUGGAGAACGAGGAGGAAGAUGAAUGGGACGAUGAGCAGGAUCUGGAUGAAGAGGAGGCAGACAUAUGGUUUGAUUUCACAGCAAUGGCUCGACCCUGGAGUGAGGAUGGGGAAUGGGAUGAGCCCGGGGCCCCAGGUGGGACUGAGGACAGACGGUCAGGUGGUGGAAAGGCAAACAGAGCCCACCCAACCAAGCAGCGGCCAUUCCCUUAUGAACAUAAAAACAUAUGGGGUGUACAGAGCUUUCAGACCUUCCCUUGUGCUCUUAACCUGACCAAGUGUGCUUUCAGUCAAGGAAAGAAAAUGUUCACAGAGUCCACAAUUGCUGGCUUUUCCCUUACCCACAAUGUCAGUAGGCAUUUGUCCAGCCUGUCAGUGGUUGGAAGCAGGAGUCCCACCCCCCAGCCCACUGUGAGGGAGAAGGCUCUGGAUGUCCCUGAAAACCCAAACAGCAGCAUUGAAAAUCAGGACCAGAUUAAGAUGUACAUCGAUGAAGUGUGUCGAGACGCGGUGUUCUGUUGCUGCAAGUCUUUUCUGCAGCAGGCAGGAUUAGGUCUGCUAAUAAGCAUGACAGUCAUUAAUAACAUGCUUGCCAAGUCCCUUUCAGACCCGAAGUUCCCUUUGCUAUCCGAGGGGAGUGGAUGUGCAAGGUUCAGGGUUGAGGCACAGAUGAGUUUGCCUGAAAGCCAGUGCUGGCGGAGGGAAGUGCUGGCUGCCCAAAUGCUCUUCUCAUUCAUGUGCCUCUUUACCAGAAGUGGGAGCAGAGAGAUGCUUGUGGAAGCCAUCUCCCCUUAAGUGGCUGUCUCGGGAAGAAUGAGACUGAAGUCACCCAGAGCCCGAGCACUUUACUGAGGGCAAAGAGGCUGCAGUGGGUGCUCCCAAGGAUGCGGUCUUAGCCAGUCAGCUCCUCCUUGGGUGAGAGUCCCUUCCAGCCUCUAAGUGGAGGGCUACACUCUCACUGGCCAGGCAGGGCUCCCCCAGAGCUGUGGGCACCUUCUGGGUUUUGUAGUCUGCGAGUAAAGUGCACUGUAAAUUGCUUCCUUGCAGUCUUCUCCAUGCAGUAAAGGGUAGGGGAUCCCCGUGGCCCCUAGCUGUGGAGAACUAGCAUCAAAUCACAGCGUCUAGAUAAAGGGUAAGGGGAUCCCCGCAGUCACCGGCUGGCUGUGGAUAACUUACAUGGAAUCACAGCAUCAGAGUGAGUGUUGUUGCCCCUGGUGAUCUCCCUGUGUAAGCUGGACCACUUAACAGAAAUCGCACCCGUAUGGGAGCUUGAGCCCAACUCCCUUCUGCAGCUGCUUAGGUUGAAGUCUUUCCUGCUUCCUCCUUCCUCCUUCCUCCUGCCUACACUGGCUGGUGGAUGGCUAGCAUGUUAACCAAGAAAUGCACUCCCUUCCUGUCCAUUGUAGUGCCUGACCCUCUUACUCCCCGGUCCUGACACCCUCAGUGCGUAUCCUCAAUAAACUGUGCUUUGAUUGGCAAGAAAAUUAAAAAGGG